AUGACAAGUACACGUGCACCAAUGGAUAUCAUCAUGAUGUUUCAGUCAAUGUUACAUCGCUGUCGAUCCAAAGGGGACACAAUAUCCUUUCUCGACUAGAAAAUUGACGGCAUGCCUUUCUCAAAAGGUCUCACUAGAGCGAUAUCUUUACAGAACCAUAUAUUAGAGAGGAUGACGAAAAAUUGAAGUGCUGCCUUCAGGUUUUGCACUUACCAGUCCGUUGUGUUUGCCGCGCUGAUUGUCCUCCUAUGUUGGGUUUGCCUUGAUCUACACCGUAUGUGAACACUGAUGGCAUAUGGACAAAAGCCAUUUCGAAGCCACUGUCCGCCGGAUUAUAUAUAGAGUGUCCCUACGCCGUGAACUUCUGAGCCAACCCGGCCUAACAGCGCCCUUCGAGUCUUCCCAAUACAAGUGCUACAGAAAGUAAUGUUUGAUCUGAAAAGUCGGUGCGAUAUCAGAGUAGAUCUCGUGCCUUUUAGUCUCAAUGCACCAUUUACGUUUACAUAUUUUGACUCAAUAAAAUACCUUAUACGAAAGUCCCGACUUUAUUUCGAGAAGGAGUUGAAAAAGGUACAUCACAAGACAUGACUUGUUGACGAACUAUUGUGAAAAUGGCUAGUGUUUCCAGGUAUCUAAUUGUUCGUUACUGAUGUAAGUAUUCUGGUGGAUUCUUAAUGCAAAAAAGGAGUCAACAGGAUAUUUCCGCAUGUCUGCGUAUAGUCUAUCUCAUAUGACCAGCAACAGCAAAACUAGGCACGUGUUGCAAUAGACUUGGUUUGCUGUGUAGAAUUGGGACAUCGAUUAGGUUUACCUUUGUAAUGAGGGAUGCUAUUCUUCGCCUUGUAGAUGAUUUCCGCUGCUAUCAGUUAAACAUAUAAGCUUCAAAUCAAAAUCUAUUCUACUCUUCGUUGGCCGAAAACAUAUGUUCAUUGUAGUUGACUGUUGCACAUGUGAUUUUGACCAAAUUUUGAGUGGAAACUAAUUAAGAAAAAUGGAGGCAAUCGUGUAUUGAGGAACCCCAUUUCUGAGCGGUGGGUGAGCGCGUUCGUGAUGUGAUGUCAGUCCUGGUGGCUUUUCGUGACAUCUACCUUUUAAGAACCGAUCGCGAAACCUCUGCGGGGUGCAUAUAUAUGUUAACCUAAAAUCUUCAAAGGUGUUUCAAAGCUCAAAGCUUUCGGAGCUACAUGACUUUAGUUGGAAGCUGUUGAAGAACAAUGGCGGUCCACUUAACCGAUAACGAUGUUUUCAACUCCAGUCGGGACACAUUUUACGAAGGCUUGCAUUUGAACCAAUUGUCGAGGUAUACCUGGUUAGCAGUAGCUCCUAUUAUCAUUUUCUUGGGGACAGUCGGUAAUAUUUUAACAUUUGUGGUCCUGAGGCGCCCAAGUCUUCGAUCGUCGACAACGUGUUUCUUUCUGCGAGCGUUAGCCAUGACGGAUUUAUUAACAUUGGACAUCGCCGCUGCAUCAAUAAUGGUGACUAGGGCCAUUUCCAGUAACAUGGUACUAUCGGACUUUCAAUGUCGUGUGCAAUUCGUGGUGAUUCCUAUCACCACAGAUACGUCAUGCUGGAUCCUAGUUGCGGUGACUGCGGAAAGAUUCAUAGCAGUCUGGAAGCCGCUGCAUGCAAGGCAAAUAUGCACUGUAAAGAAAGCAAGGGCGGUAGUCGCAGGAAUUGUCAUGGUACUUUUAGCAAUAAACUUGCCAAUGGUAUUCUUCCUACACCUCGACUCUAAUGGGAUGUGUCGGCCCUAUGACAAACAUAGCUACUUUGCCGAAGAGGUUUUUCCUUGGGUCGACCUCACUAUAUUUAGUUUUGCACCUUUUACCCUCAUUUCAACACUCAAUAUCGCUAUUUGUGCCAUGAUAUACUUGAGAACGCAAACCUCAUUGUUUCGUCAUCAGUCGGUGUCGGCGGAUCAUAAAAACAACUCAUUGACAAAAGAUGCUUCGUUUUCGUCAGUUACCAGAAUGUUAGUGGUUGUUGAUAUAGCUUUCCUGGUGACAACUUCACCUACUGUCCUCUUCAAUUUAUGGAUACCAGACUGGGUGAGUUCAAAAGAUCCCUCCCUAAUGUCAUUGCUCUCACUUGGACGCGCAGCGUGCAAUCUAAUUAUGUUCAUGAAUAAUAUGCUGAAUUUCUACCUUUACAUUCUGACGGGGUCAAAGUUUCGGAUGGAGCUUAUUGCGUUAUUGCACGAUAUUAGAACGUCACUUGUUCGUUGUAAGUGCAUUUGACGAUAAGGGUUUGUGCAUCUUCACAAAAAUGUUACCUCUUUAACGAAAGACGGCAGUGAUUACACAACCUUUCAACUUGUUCCAUGCAACUGACCCUUUUCUGAAAGCGCAAUAAUGUAAAAGAGUGUUUUCCUUUUCAGUAAAAUGCAUGGAAAACAUGCAACACUGGAACAUUUCAGACAAUAAUAAUGCCAUAUACCUACUUAAGGUUGCAAGUUUAGGUCGACAUGUUGCGUGUUCAUGAAUACAUGCAUGUUUGAACAUUCCAAGUGGUCGUUUUCCUUUGACAGAUAUUGUAAAUGGAACUCCAUGAGUAAAAAGUAAAGCAUAUGUACACAGUUUGCUGCUUCACGUAUCUAGCAUGACAAUUGAAUACGUGAUACAUUGGCGGUAUAAUUUCGUCUGCAUUAUCAUCAUUGGUGGCCACUUUGCCGCACC